AUGUUACGGCCAUCUCUGGUCGUCUAUGUGGCAUCCGAUGCUACGAAACGGACCCAACACGACCGGCGUGGAAGCACAAAUGCUGGGAACGUUCUGAUCUCAGUCAAGCCCAUCCCCGAUACCCCAAAUCUCUCUCUUUACUAUGCUCGUGCCGUCAAAUGUUGUUAUUCCGAGGCAGUCAAUAUUCUCUAUACGAAGAAUGUCUUGAGUGUACAGCAGACAAGAGCGGUUCUAAAUUUUCCACAUGUGAUGCUGCCCCAUCGCCUUGCACUAAUCCGCGAGUUGAAUAUCGAUCUUCUUAUUUAUGCGAAAGCCACCGUUAAUGCCACGUGGCGCUAUGAAUGGCCAAAAGCCUUCAGUAAGGACUGGAAGAGCUUUUGUCAGGUCCUAUUUAAAAUGGACACUUGUGGCCUUCAACGCCUUGAAAUCAUAUUCAAACUUUGUGGCGGUAAUGGAAGGACAUUUGGAUCUUGGGCCACCGACGAUAAACUUACCUCAGUCUUGGAUCCGCUCAUGGGUAUCCAGGUUCUAGAGUUCAAUGUUUUCCUGCAUGACUGGCCACAGAGCAAAGAAGAUGUGUUGCGCAUCCUUGGGAGCGACCCUCCAUUUCUAUUGGAAACAGGUUGCGAUGAUUAA